AAUUCGAGAUUUAUUUUUUAUUCAUGAAUUGUGUAGUUUUGUAAAAUAAGUGACGUUUUCAUUCAUGAGAUGUGUAUUUUUUUUCGUGGCUGAUUUUCUUUUUUUUUUUUUUUUUUGGAAUAGCGUGAAAAAAUAAAAGUUUUAUAAAAUAGCGUGAAAAAAUACAGUAUUGUGCACAAAAUAUAUAUUAAUCCAAAUAAGAAAUCAUUUUGUGUGUCUACAUAGAGAGAGAAUGUCGAGAAGCUUAUCAUCAGAUUAUGGGGCGUUCAUGGAGAAAUUCACUCUGCUUCCUCACUCUUCUUCUCAUGAGCUUCCCCUAACUUCCCUUACAUUUGCUGUCAAAGACAUAUUCGACGUGGAGGGUUAUGUCACGGGUUUUGGGAACCCGGACUGGGCGAGGACACACUCGGCUGCCACGACGACUGCCCCGGCCGUGCUGUCGAUGCUCAAGGCAGGUGCAACAUGUGUUGGCAAAACCGUGAUGGAUGAAAUGGCUUACAGCAUAAAUGGAGAAAAUGUGCAUUACGGGACACCAAGAAAUCCAUGUGCAGCAGAUAGAGUGCCCGGAGGCUCCUCAAGUGGAUCUGCUGUCGCAGUUGGAGCAUCGCUUGCAGAUUUCUCCUUAGGUACUGAUACUGGAGGAAGUGUGAGAGUUCCAGCAUCAUACUGUGGAAUCUACGGCUUCCGCCCCUCUCAUGACCUCGUCUCAACGUCUGGAGUCACGCCCAUGGCUCAGAGUUUCGACACAGUCGGGUGGUUUGCUAGAGAUCCGGUUAUCUUGAAGAAAGUCGGGAAGGUUCUGCUGCAGCUGCGAGAUGAUAAUCCUGCUACGCUUGGUCAGCUUAUUGUUGCACAAGAUUGUUUUGAUCUCGUAAACAUCCCUCCUCGCCAGCUCAAAGAUGUUCUCACCACCUCUGUGGAGAAACUAUAUGGAAGUAAGAUAAUACAAUACACGAAUCUAGGGGAAUUCGUCGAAUCCAAACUUCCAAAUCUGAAGGUUUUCAUGAACAACAAUGUUAAAGCAGAUAAGGAUAAUAUUCCAUCAUUAGCAGCUCUCUCAACUGCCAUGAGAUUGCUUCAAAGGCAUGAGUUCAAGAAGAAUCAUGGCGAAUGGGUUGAGUCAGUCAAACCUAGUUUAGGCCCCGGAAUAUCGGAACGAGUCUGGGAAGCUGUCAGAUCGACGGAUGACAAUGUGGACGUGUGUCGCUUGCUGCGUGGCGAGCUACGGGCAGCUCUCGCCGAUCUAUUGGGGGAUUUCGGCAUCCUAGCAAUGCCUACGGUUCCGGGGCCUCCACCAGAGCUACAAACGGAUCCAACGAAGCUGGAGAGUUUUCGUGCCAAGGCCUUCAGCUUGCUAUCAGUAUCCGGCGUGUCCGGUUUGUGCCAGGCGAGCAUACCGUUAGGGACGUACGAAGGUCUCCCCGUUGCUGUUUCGUUGGUGGCGAAGCAUGGCUCGGAUGGAUUCUUGCUUAGUUUUGUUGAGACUCUUCACAAAGCUCUCAUCCUUUCUUGAAGCUCUUGUUCCAUACCGCAUCACUUGUGAUGGUUGAUUCUAGUUGUCUUGUGUUUGCUUAUUUUCGAGCUAAAUAUGGAACUUCGAGUUCUAUUUGUUAAUUGUGUUUAUGUGUUGUUUUAUUUUAUGUGAAUAAUAAUUGACGUUGUUUCUGUCAACAAAUUAUCAUGCGAAAAUAAUUAUGCCACGUUAGUUAUUUUUA